GACACGCACACGCCGGCAGUUUCCGGCCACGUCUCCCCCUUCUUAUCCCUCCUGCUCCUGCUCCGCAGCGCUGGCUGCGGACGACGCACUAAUAAGCAGCAAUGGCCGCCCUCCGCCACCUCGCCGUCGGCCCCGGCCCCACCUACCACCGCCACCACGGCUUCGCUGCCGCUGCAGCCACAUCCUCCCUCCAGCUCCGCCGCCUGCCCUCCCGCCCGCUCCGCUCCCGCUUCAGCCGGGUCUAUGCGCUCUCCAGCAAUGACAUCAGGGUCGGCACCAACAUCGAGGUCGACGGCGCGCCAUGGAAGGUUCUAGAGUUUCUCCACGUCAAGCCUGGGAAAGGUGCCGCUUUUGUCAGGACAAAAUUGCGCAAUUAUGUCACCGGCAACACAGUUGAGAAAACCUUUCGAGCUGGAAGUACGCUACAGGAACCAUCCCUUUCAAAGGAGAACAAGCAAUUUACAUACAAGGAUGGCUCCCAGUUCGUGUUCAUGGAUCUGACGACAUUUGAAGAAAGUCGGUUAAAUGAGGCAGAUGUUGGUGACAAGCAAAAAUGGUUGAAAGAGGGAAUGGACUGCAAUUUGCUGUACUGGAAUGGAAAGAUCAUCGAUUUCGAGCUUCCAAUCACUGUGAGGCUGACUGUAACUGAUACUGACCCUGGGGCAAGUGAUAGUGCACAAGGAGGAACAAAGCCCGCAACCCUGGAGACCGGAGCUGUGGUCACCGUGCCCUCUUUUGUGAAUGUAGGCGACGAUAUUCUAGUUGAUUCAAGAACUGGCCAGUAUAUGAACCGAGCAUAGAGGACCGAAGAGGAUGUUAGAUUUGAAGAGAACACUACAUUUUUGUUCGGACAUUUUAGUCCCAUUCACCUGUACGAAUGCUCUGCAUCUUUUGACCCAUGAAACUACAUAUUUUUGCAUUCUGUUGUGGAUCCUCGGAUCCUCCAUACCAGGACACAAGAAAAGUAUGUUCAACAUGUUGAGGUCUUGUCUCAAAUUCCUCUGAUUAUUAACACGCAGUCAUACACAGACCAGAAUUAUGGCUGUCUCAGAAA